AUGUUGCAAUGCACAAAAAAUUCAUAGGCUCUUAUUACAUUUAAUUGAUUUAACAUUUGCAAUAUGUUUUGGUGUUUUAAUGGUUUUCAUGGUCAAAGAUUUUAGUUGCCAAAUGGGUGUGAUUUGUACCACGGCAGCAUUGCUUGCACAGUGA